AUGGCAGCCAGUGCUUCCCAGUGGCACAGCUACCUCGGGGUGAUUGUGUCCCACAAGAGGCAGUGGCUGGAGCAUUUCCAGCAGGCCGAGAACAUCCUGCUGACCCUGCUGGAGGGCAUCCACGCCAGGGAGCCCCGCUUCCUCAUAGACUAUGCCAGAAACCUGGAAGCCUUCGAGUUCACUCUCUGCGCCUCUGAGGAUGCUGUCACCAUGGAGGUCCCCCUGCGGAUCAAUGGCGAUGCCCUGCAGGUGCUGGCAUGCUGGCCCGGGGACACCCCUGCCGGGCACCAUCCAGGGCUGGGCACCUGCUGUCUGGAAGUACCCUCUCCAGGGACUGACUUGGAGGACUGGACCAGUGCCGUGGGUGUGAUGGAACGGGGAGGUGGUGCAGGGUGCCUGGUUCCAGGCAAAGUCCUCCAGCACCUGAAAGACCUCCUUGUUUCGGCCAUCGUGUGCUGCCAACGCCGCUUCCUGUUUCAGCCAGGUGACCUCAGUGCUGAAAAUCUGCAGGAAGAUGCUAUGGAGCUCUCCUUGCUGAUCCGUGGUAGCUGGAAGACUGUCCGCUUUGACAUCGUCCCUGUGGUGAGGAGGUGGCAGGAGCCGCUCUGGCUCAAGGGGCGGCAGAGCGACAGGGGCUUCCCUGAAGGCAGCCUCCAGAAGGCCACAGAAGAGGCCCACUUUGUCCCUGCCUCUCCCCAUUGCUGGAGAUCCUCCACUCAUCUCCCCAUCCUGAAGCUGCUCCAGGCAGUGGACACACUGAAGGGACGCCAUCUGGACAGCCUGCUUGACCAGCUCCGCAGCCAGGACUGGGGAGAGGAGGGUGGGAAAGGCGGUCUCAUCUUCAACCACCUGAAGAUGGUGCUGCUGUGGAGCACGGAGCUCUUCCCCUCCCCAGAGGACUGGCAGGACCUGGAAGGCUCAGUCUACAGGCUCUUGGUGAUCCUCCUCCGCUGCCUGGCCACCCGGCACCUCCCCCACUUCCUGCACCCAGAGGAGAACCUCUUCCAAGGAGAGCCCCGAGACCUCGCCUCCCUCUACUGUAAGGUGGAGAGCUUCGCCCAGGACCCCCGACACUUCCUUCACUUCCAUUUUGGCCUCCCUGUGCGCACUGACAGCUGGCAGGCAGACCCCAGUACCCGAGCCCUCCUGCAGAUCCCUGCCAAAGAUGGGUCUUACUGCGACACAGCCUACUUUGACAUCCUGCUUAGCCAGUUUCAGGUGUACCGGAUCCAGGACAGCGCGCGCUGCUUAGCAAUGUCCCAGCUCCUCUCCAAGAUCCAGCGAGAAAUCCCCCAGCAGACCUGA